UUAUAUAGAACUAAGUGUUAAAAAUAGAAAAUCAAUUCUGCAUAAUGUCUGACGCUGAAAAUGAAGGUGGUGAAAAUGCUGAGGUCGCAACAGAAGAAAAACCACUUUCAGCGCAAUAUGGAAGUUUGGAGGGUAAGGUUGGUUCAAAGCAAGAAGCAAUUGAUAUGGGUAUUAAAGCUGGAAAUAUCAAUAUUAGUGAUCCAAGUGAAACGAUGGAGAUGACAAUGGAAGAACGAAUCAACAAACGACAAGCAGAAAUUCUUGCAGAGUUUGAACGAAAAAAGAAAAUUCGUCAAAUCCAAGUCACAACAGAUGAUGAUGAAAUUAAAAAGUUAUUAAGGGAGCGUAACCUUCCAGUGACGUUGUUCGGUGAAGGACCCGCCGAUCGUCGUGAACGACUUCGUGAAUCAAUCGCUGAGAUUGGACCAAUCAAGAACAAGAAUGCUGAAGAAAUGGCGGCAAAGAGGAAAGAAGAAGCACAGCUCACUAGAACAACAUGGUAUCACGAAGGUUCUGAUAGCUUGAAGACUGCGAGGUUAUGGAUUGCCCAGUAUUCAUUACCAAGAGCAAGACAAAGAUUAAAGAAAGCGCGCGAGUUUGGUGCUCUGCCUGAAAAUCAAAAGAAUUCCAAGCUUCAACAGACUCACAGACACAUGCAAGGUGUAGCAAGCUACUGCAGUCAGAUUGGACACUCCCGCCCGAUCUCAUUUUGUGAAUUCAGCCCCGACAGUAAGAUGCUUGUCACUUCUUCAUGGGAUGGUCUAUGUAAGCUAUGGUCAAUUCCUGACUGUGAAGAGAUAAGAACAUUAAGGGGCCAUCAGUCCAAUGUUGGAUGCAUCACUUUUCAUCCCUUUGCUACAACCCAACUGGACAACUCAGCAGCAUGUUUGGCAUCAUGUUCAACAGGUGGUGAGGUCAAGUUGUGGAAUCUUGAAAGUGAUGAAUCAGUUGCUGACCUUAAUGGUCAUGAGAUGAGAGUGGCAAGAGUUGCCUACCAUCCUUCUGGAAGGUUCCUAGCAACUACAUGUUAUGACAAAUCUUGGAGGUUAUGGGACCUUGAAUCAACCCAAGAAGUUUUACAUCAAGAAGGACAUAGCAAAGGAGUUCAUGAUAUUUCUUUUCAAAUUGAUGGUUCAUUAUGUGUUACUGGUGGUUUAGAUGCGUAUGGGCGUGUAUGGGAUUUAAGGACAGGUCGCUGCAUCUACUUUAUUGAAGGACAUCUAAAAGAGAUGUAUGCAGUUUGCUUCUCACCGAACGGAUAUCAAAUAGCAACUGGCAGUGCCGAUAAUACGGUAAAGAUUUGGGAUCUUCGUAAAACUAGCUGCGUUUACACCAUACCUGCCCACACUAACCUGGUAUCUAGAUUGCAAUAUCAAAAGUCAGAUGGCAAUUACUUGGUGACUGGAUCUUAUGAUGGAACUGCAAAGAUCUGGGGUUAUCCGGCUUAUGUGCCACUCAAAACACUUGCCGGUCACGAGGGGAAAGUAAUGUGUGUAGAUGGCUCACCAGACGGAGAAUUUAUCGCUACAUCUUCUUUUGAUCGAACAUUUAAACUUUGGGCGAAAGAAACAAACCCAUUAUAACUAGACACAAAUCGCUGUCAAUCAUAUUGUUUUAUUUUUCACUGCAUCUGUAUUUACACCUCUGUUUAAUCCUAGAUAUUCUAAUGCGUAUUAGAAUAUCUUUGGUUUAAUGAUGCAAUCAUUUCAACCAACUUUAAAUUAAAACGUGAAGGUUUUGGACCAAUUCAUGUUGUUUUAGGCGAUUAUUACCUUUCGUUUUUACAACCGUGGAUAUAAAGAUUUUUUAUCAACG